AUGGCCGACUGGACACCAGCCUCGUGGAGGUCGAAGCCUCUCAAGCAGGAGAUUGUGUAUGAAGACCAAGAUGGCCUGCAGAACGCGGUUCAGAGGCUCCGGAAGCUCCCGCCACUCGUAACUCCCCAUGAGAUCACGAACCUGAAGCAGUGCCUGAAGAAGGUGGCCCUUGGUAAAGCAUUCGUCCUCCAGGGGGGGGACUGCGCUGAGCUCUUUGACUACUGCAACCAGGAUAUGAUCGAGGCAAAGAUCAAGCUGUUGCUGCAGAUGAGUUUGAUUUUGAUCUGGGGAGCCAACAAGCCCGUCAUUCGAAUUGCUCGUAUUGCCGGCCAGUUUGCCAAGCCUCGUUCGAGCGCAGUUGAGACUGUGGAUGGUGUUACCAUGCCCUCGUUCAGGGGUGAUAAUGUAAACGGAUUCAAACCCACCCCUGAAUCGAGAAAGCCUGAUCCUUCCCGUCUCGUGGAUGCUUACUUCCACUCUGCUGCAACUCUCAAUUAUAUCCGUGCAGCCCUAGCUUCUGGCAUCGCUGACCUGCACUCCCCCCUUGACUGGGGCCUGGGCCACGUCAAAACCCCUGCAAUCAAGGAAAAGUACGAGAAGAUCACGUCCAGAGUCACUGACUCGCUCCGCUUCAUGAGAACCGUCGGCCUCGACACGGCUCGUGGUAUCGAGACUGCCGAUAUCUACACCAGUCAUGAGGGUUUGAUACUGGAAUAUGAAGAGACCCUCACCCGUGCUUCGAGGAACCCAGUCGAGCCGGCCGGCAGCCACACCACCCAGCCUGCUCAGGCUGCGGAAAAGGAGUUCUAUUACGAUUUGUCCGGCCAUUUCCUCUGGAUAGGUGACCGUACCCGCCAGCUCGAUGGUGGCCACGUUGAAUUCUUCCGUGGAAUCUCCAACCCUAUCGGCAUCAAAGUUGGUCCUACGAUGCAACCGGAUGAGCUCGUUGCUCUCCUUGACGUUGUCAACCCCGACAGGGAGCUUGGAAAGGUCACCCUGAUCUCUCGUUAUGGUGGGAGCAAAAUUGCCGACCACCUGCCAGGUCACAUCAAGGCGGUGCAGGCUUCAGGACACAUCCCUAUCUGGCAAUGUGACCCCAUGCAUGGAAACACCAGAUCUACCCCAUCCGGCGUGAAGACACGAAAUUUCACAGACAUCUUGUCUGAACUGCGUCAGGCCCUGGAAAUCCACCGCGCCCACGACUCAUACCUGGGCGGCAUGCAUUUGGAAUUGACUGGUGAGGCAGUCACAGAGUGUGUUGGUGGUGCUGCCGGUUUGACUGAAGAUGGUCUGAGUGAACGAUACACAACCUUCUGUGACCCCAGAUUGAACGAGAAGCAGGCCCUUGAGCUGGCAUUCUUGGUCGCUGGCUUCUACCGUGACCAUGCGGUCGCCAACGGCACCGAAAGCCCUCUUUAG